AGGCAGCUGAGUGGCAGCUUCUGUUGACACCGGAAGUGCCUCUACGAGCUGCCACGAUUUGAGUUAGCUCUCACUUUACGCUCCCGCGCCGCUGUUUGUUAGCGUGCUGGUCUCCUGCUGCUGUUAUCACUAAAAGCCCGUUGGGCUCUGCUACCUGACGUUACUGCCACGGUAUGCUGAUGAACCUCAUGGAGGACUACGACAAGUUCGUGCAGCGUCUCUCCCAUCUGAGGAGAAGUGAGGAGGAAUACAGCAAACCUUCACCUGCACCAUCUCUCAUCCGUGUCUAUGGACGACCCAUCCUCCCUCCUCUGCUCUCAGAAAAGCAGAGAGUGGUGAUGCAGAGACACAGAGAUACAGCACAGAAAGCUACUGGCCAAAGGAAGCUGAAGGAGGAUCCAAGAAUGUCCUAUGUGCAAAAUCUUCUAAACCAUCUUCAGCUGAGGACAAUACCAACACUGGAGGAGUUGCUUCGGGAGUCAGAGAUUGACAUUAAAUCUUCAAAUUCCCAGAACACCAGUGGUGGAUCAGUGUCACAGAGCAAUUUUUUCAAUGAAACAACAAAGGAUAGUCCGUUGCUCUCGCCACCCCUUGUAAAGAAAGGAGAGGAUGGGCUUUCUCCUCCUCCGUUGGCAUCAACAAUAUCUAGUGCCUUUCUCAUUUCCAACGUGACACCUCAGGAAAGUUACAAUGAAGGGUGCCUUGCUGACCAACAUGACAGCCAACAGGGACCACAGCCAAGUUCUCCUAAUGGUGCGAUUCAAGAGUCAGUAUCCUCAGGUUACGCGACCUAUGUGGAAAACUCUGUCUUUGUAUCUGGAAUAAUUGAUAGAGGGAGCGGAAGCUGUGGCUUUGGCUCCUCAGAGGGAACCUAUAGUAUGGAUGACUUUUUCCUUCGAAGCACCUCGAACACAAUCACCAAAAUGCCAAAAAUUAUUAUUCACCCUCCCAUAGAUGGAGAGGAACUGGAGAUCAGUGGACUGGAUUUAUCCCUUUGUAAUAACUCCAUAGCAGAACAAGACAUUUGUUGCAGCUCAUUCCAGGAUGAUUCAGCCACAUGUGACAAUUUAACAGCAGAAGAAUUUGAGAGCAGUCACCUGGAGAGCACAGAGAAUGGAGAUAACGUUCAGUCAACUGGAAGGCAUGACCUUGACAGAGAUCACACUUUGGACCGAAGUGAGGACCCAGUUUAUUUUUUAGAAAACAGUGGCUUUUCAGAUAAUCCAGAAUUAUCUGACGCAUUAAGCACUCCUUGCAACCUAUCAACACAACUACAUACCAAGCAUGAACCAACAGAAAAAGAACAAGCAGACACUAAUGUAGCUGAAGCAACACCAUCUGAGAACCCUCAUCAUAUGAGCCUCCAGGCCUUGCUGAAGAGAUCUCAAGAGUAUCGUGAGCAACAGCGGAUGCUUAGGAACCAAUCCAAGAACACUAAAGUUCAGAAGAGGAAUCAAGAGCCUAAAACAAGGCCAGAGGAGCAGAGCCUCUCUGAUAAGGAGAAUGAUGGGUCCCCCUGUAAGGUGACUGUGACUCCAGAGGAGAAGAAGACUAGAAUGAUUGAGAGUGAGUUCACUGGGAAAAUAACGGAUGUCAAAUCUGAAAGCAAACAUUCGACAGGAGUUACUAUCAGAAAUGGAGAGCCCGUUGACGGGGCAGAGACCACAAAGGGGGAAGUUGUGUUCAAUUCUUUCUUGCAAGAAGACCAGAGUGUUGAACAUGAAACAAACCUGGGACAUCAAAACAGCCACACAACAGUUCCCUCAACUGUGAAUGUGAUGGUUCCAGGUGCUUUAAGCUCAGAUCACAUGGACUGGCUUGAGUCAAACCUUUCCAGUAAGAAUUUACCUGUCUCAAAUUUGGAGAACCACAGCCAGACUAAGAGCUGCACGGAAAGUGAGCUCAAAAGUGUCAAGCAUUCUGAGCAAAGUACAAAUGAGCAACAUGUGCAGCUAUGUCAAAAUGAUCAUGACUCUUUUCCAGACAUGCUGGGAGGUGCUGAUUUUGCAUUGCAUGGCCGCAGUAGAAGGCUCCCGCCACCAGUUAAUUGUAUCCUGUCUGCUGCACAACAGAUGCUUAUUCCUGAUGUCUUCAGAAACCUUCCAUCAGAAAUCGUGGUUCAAUGUAAUGCGUCAGUGCUUUCGGAUACCAGUAACCAUCCAGUGGACAGGAGGAAUGAGAUGGCAAUGGAAGGUCAUGACACUUCUCUGUCACGUUCUCUCAACAAGUCAUAUGAUGUGGAAACGCCAUCUGGCCUGUGGCUCCUCAACAAGUCAGGAUCUGACUCCGGCUCAAAAAGUUGUCCCGUUCAAGGGAAACACCUGACCCCAGAGAGCAGGGAUGUAGGUCAGGGCGGGGUAUCCAAGGUCAAACGCAGACUGCUCAUGCACACAGCAGAAGAGACCAAGGGAAGGAGUCCUGAUACCAACGGAAGAGGUGUAGUCAGUGUGGUCAGACCUAGCUCCAGUAUUCCCACAGCUGCUGUGCUGCGGAACAAAGGCCAUGGAAGUCAGAAGAAUCAAGAGCAGUUGAAAGAGGUCCAUGCUUCUCAGAUCAGAGCCCUGCGAGAUAACCACAAAAGACAACAGGAACAACUACUACAGAAGGCGUUAACAGCGCGUUACCAUCUCCUCCAGAGGGUGUCCUCUCCCUGGUCCGUGUCAACCUCACGUCUCAGGGACACGAUGACCUUUUCUACUCUCUAUCAGCCUUCCAGCUCACUGCCAGAGCGCUACCGCCAUCUGCUGUCAGCGGCUGUAAAAGGUUUUCUGACACGCAGGCUGAUGAGGACGGAGAGAGUGGCAGAGCUGGUGCGCACCAUCAGGGACACGCAGCAGUUCCUGCUUUCCCUCCAGCUGCAGGGAACCAAUGGAGGAGAGAUGUUUGGCAGAGAGGACCUCUUACUGCAGAAUAGAGUCACUCUGCAGCUGAGUGCUGCACGUUUUGAGGUCAACAACAUAUUCUUCAGCCUGUCAGCCAGAGAGAGGAUGCAGCUCAUCAGCUGGGACAGACACCUGACCAGAGAGAGAGAGUUUAGACAACAGAGUGGAGGCGCUGUCCAACCUAGACAAAAGGGUUGUCUGUCAACUGUUACACAAAAAGCACUGGAGAGGAAGAGAGGAGUGAUCACGACCCAGAAGAAGGCAACGGAAACGUACAGGAAAGUUGUGAACGUGAAGAAGACUGGACACAGGAAUGGACACAAGACUGGAUUCUCUGCUGAGAAGCCACAGGAAGCCAAACGAGGACAUUUCAGAGCAAAUCCUCUGAGGGUCCCCAAGAACUCUUACUCCACUAGACCCCGAUGACACUGUCCUAAUUGGCCCCAGUGAGGACUCCUAAUAAGGCCUCUAGCGAUCACAUGAAUAUUUUAGAACGAAUCUUCUGAGAAUUUCCAAAUCCCAAAUUAACACAAAGCGAUGCCUGUUGCUGACCAAUGUGUUUUUCUAUUUCAUAUCUAAAGUGCCAGAGAAUGUGUUUCUCCCCUUCUCCACCAGAGUAUAUGAUAUUGUACUGACUAGAGUUGCACUCAGAGUAGUUCCUCAUCGAUUGGAUGCUCUGAUGUGGGGAUAAAAUAUCACUGCACUCUUAACCGGUCCUUUUACCAACUUCAGUGUGCGCACAUUGAAGACGCUAGUGGGGGAAAUGUUUCAUUAACAGAAAGACUUUUAAAGCACUGCACCUAAAAGAUGAUGCACAAAGGAAAUGCAAAGGUUUAAUGAAUAAAGUUCAUGAUGGCUUCAUUCUAGAAAGACUGGCUCAGCAUCUCAGAGUUAUAAGGUAGAUUUUGGAUGGUAGGAAAGCAGAAAACAUUGUGUGUGACCGUGCCCAGGACAUUUUAUUAUCCAGUUCCUUUGUGUGUGUAUGUGCCUUGUUAAUAACCACAAAGAAGAGACUGUCUCCAGGUGUAUUAGCACAUGCUGAGCUCAUUUAGUGCGAUGUUUACUAUAUUUGUAUCCUCACACAUCGUCCAGUUGUUACUACCUAGCUCCAGAUGUUAGUUAAGAUCAAGUAUUGCCUUUAAUAUUUGUAUAUUGACAUCAGCCAAAAUAAACCUUAUUGUUAUUUAUUUUGGACCUGUUUUAUAUGCUCGUUUAUAUUUAUUUGUGUGCC